AUGUCUGAACGAAGCUCCUUUCGCGGGGGCUUCUCUCGCGGUGGAGGCCGCGGCGGAGGGCGCGGAGGGCGCGGCGGGCAGAGAGGUGGCGGUGCGGGUAGUGGCGGUGCAGGAUCCCAGCAACAGCAACAGGAGAAGCCGAAGAAGGAGAAUAUCCUCGAUCUUACCAAGUACAUGGACAAGGAGGUCCAUGUGAAGUUCAGUGGCGGGCGAGAAGUCACCGGCACGCUAAAGGGCUACGAUCAGCUUAUGAAUCUCGUCCUCGACGACGUAAAAGAGAUCAUGCGUGAUGACGAGGGCAAUGAUUCAACCCGGUCGUUAGGCCUGAUUGUGGCCCGAGGAACUCUACUGGUUUUGAUUUCACCGGUUGAUGGAAGUGAAGAGAUAGCGAAUCCUUUUCUACAGCAAGAAGAGGAAUGA